CCAAGUCUUCUGUAAACAGCCGGCUGGGGAAUAUAAGCCGGCGGACUGGCAUCGUCUCAGAACCAGUUGGAGGACAUCGCUGGGCAAAGGUGCAGACAAGCUGCUGGAGUUGCACCAAGAUCUAGAGAAAGACGAGUGACAAUGAGGACUUUAGGACUUCUAGCUGUGGGUGUGGUACUGAUGACGUUUUCCGGAGUACCCCUCAUUGGGGCUCAAACGGCAUAUCCGGAUUCCAGUGAGCUGGGCGAUCAGCGACAAGUCAUAAUCCGGACCCGGAGAGCGGCGGACACAGGCGACGUUUCUGAAGUGAUAGGUCCAAAUGGACAAAGAUGGUUCAUCAGCCGGGAUCGCCAGAGGAUGCCGAGGUUCGGGAAGCGGUCGGUCCCUUCAGUUCGCGGCUACAACCCUGCAGAGCCGGCCUUGCGUUUCGGCAGAACCAGCCUAUACCAGCCAAACCUACGCUUCGGGAAGAAGCUGGACCCGGCCCGACCAGCUCUACGCUUCGGCAAGAAGUUCGACCCUGCCCAGCCCACGCUUCGCUUCGGAAAAAGUCUCGACCCCAACGAGCCUUCGCUCCGCUUCGGGAGAGACAUCAACGAGCCGGCACAGGAGAUCCUUCGGGCAGAGAAAAGCUUCGACCCGUCCGAGCCAUCCCUUCGCUUCGGCAAGAAGUACGACCCGUUCGAACCCACUCUACGGUUUGGCAGGCAAGUGGACCCGUCUGCGCCUGCCUACCGCUUCGGCAGACACAACCCGGCCAAGCCGUCCUUGCGAUUCGGGCGGGACGCGGCCUCGGAGCAGCUCGACAGUAGUGAGGAUUAGAGAUGCUUUAACUAUCAUUAUCAAAGAGCCCGAGUUAUAUUGAUAUUAACAGAGCAGGUGUAUUCUCAAAAAAGUUGAAAAUGAGAAAGAAGUAAAGAUUAAUGUACUGUAUUAUAUAUUUCGAUAAGACAGACCAACAGAGGGAGAUAGUAUUCCAGGUUAGAGUAAAUCAACACGGCGGUAAAUCAAUAAAUGUCAGGGUCACCACUGAACGCAGCUGGCGGGAUUGGAUCUUCACUAAUUUAAAUGCACAGGAAAUACUUGUUUAUUACUACAAGUAAAGCUGUUGUGAUUAUUGUUUCGAAAGAUGAAUGAUACAAUAGAUUUAUAUCUAUGUCUUCGAGACUAUUAGAUGCAAUACAAAUAACCCUCAGAGAUUCAGAGAUGAUAUGCACAGGGACAGCGAAAUUCCUAGUAAAUAGUAGAUAGUGCUGCAACGGUCUGUGGUUCUCUUGUAUACUUCGUGUCAACAUGGUACAAUUCAGAGACCGGACUUGUUGUUAGUGAUAUUGCCUAUCUAUGUAAUCUCGGCCUUACGUGAUGAGAUAUCUGUUCUUAAUUCUAAACUCUUAUUCUCACUUCACAGUCUCUCUUCAUUUUAUCAAUGUUGCCAUCAUACAUGGUAAGUGUACAUCAGACCAAUGACAAAGAGAGAGGAAAGAUAGAGAAACUGACAGGAAGACGAGCACUAAAUAUAAAGAAAUCUCGUCAGUUGAGGCGGUGUCAACCAGGUCAUCUCUGUAAAGCAUUGAGAAUGAACGACGAAAUAAAUAGAUACCGACUUGAAAGGAAAUAAGCAUGAAGA